AUGAAGGCCUCGGUCGUGCUGUCGGCUCUUGCGGGCUGUGCGGUGGCCGACGAUGUGCUCUACAGCAGGCGGCUGCUCAAGCGAGGGAUUGACGAUGAAGGGCACUACAACAUGUCCUUCUUCCACGUCAACGACGUCCACGCUCAUCUUGAUCAGUACGUCAAGGCCGGCACAGACUGCGUCGACCCUUCCAAGGGAUGCUUCGGCGGCUACGCCCGCAUCAAGACAAAGGUCACCGAGCUGCGCGCCCAAUACCCAGACCAUCUGUGGCUGAACGCCGGCGACGAGUUCCAGGGCACGCUGUUCUACUCGUUCUACGGCGGGGAGAAGAUUGCCGAGACGAUGAACGACCUCAAGUUCGACGCCAUGACGCUGGGGAACCACGAGUGGGACGGCGGCGAUGAGAAGCUGGGCUUGUUUCUGAAGAAUCUGACGUUUCCCGUUGUUUCCUGCAAUGUGAAGAGCGAGUACACUGAUCUCAAGGCGACGAUUAAGAAUUAUCACAUCUUUGAGGAGCACGGGCUGGCCGUUAUCGGGGCAACGACGCCGACGACGCCGACGAUUUCGCAUGUUGGCGAGCUGACUACCUUUCUCGACCCAGUGCAAGAGGUUCAAAAGGCCAUUUGGGAGAUUCGCAACACAACCGACAUCAAGCGCAUCGUCGCCUUGACGCACAUUGGCUACGACAUUGACCAGCAGCUUGCGGCUCAGACAGAGGGCCUGUCCCUCAUCAUUGGGGGCCACAGCCAUACACUGCUUGGAGACGUGGAGGGUGCGCAGGGCAAGUAUCCGACGAUUGUCCAUGAUCUAGCUGGCAACGAGGUCUUUAUCGUGACUUCAUGGAGGUGGGGAGAAAAUCUGGGGUCAAUCUCAGUUACCUUUGACGAGGAUGGAAAAGCGCUUGCAUAUCAAGGCGCUCCGAUUCAUAUGGACAACACGACAAAGCUGGAAUCCGACCUCCAGGCCAAAAUCACCGCGUGGAGAGGCCCGUUCGAGGACUUUGCCAACGAAGUUAUUGGCACCACUGAGAACACUCUCGACCAGACUGCCUGCCAGAGCGGCGACUGUCUGCUCGGUCAGGUCAUGGCUGAUGCAGCGUUUGAGUACCUGUACAAUCUUACCACAGACGCCCCGGAACACCAGAGGCCGAGCUUUGCACUCAUCAACGCGGGCGGUGUUCGGGCAACCAUCGAUGCCGGCAACAUCACGCGAGGCCAAGUCAUUACGUCGUUUCCCUUCGGCAACGCCGUCACCAAGCUGACCUACUCGGGCGAAGAUCUGCUCGAGAUCCUCGAAGGCUGCGUAUCCCGCGUCAACCAGUUCAACAACCAGAAGCUCUCAUCCUGGUUCCAAAUCUCGCACAACCUCAACGUCAAGUAUAACCCGUCGAAUCCCCCCGGAUAUAUGCUCAUGGAUGCAAGGAUUUCGGGGGAGAGAAUCGACCCGGAGAAGGAAUACGUCAUUGCUACGGUGGAUUUCGUUGCCACUGGCGGAGAUAAUAUCUUGCCCAAGAGAAGUGAUUUCGUGGUGUUGGAAACGCUGGAUGAGGUGCUGGUAGAUUACAUUAAAGCAAAGACACCGUUGGCGAAUGCGCUGGAGAAGAGAGUGGGAAAGGUUGGGAAAUGCACAGACAAGGCACAGAAGAUCUUUUCAGCUUAA